UCUCAAGAACAGCGUACAAACGCCGAAAGGCUUCUAGACGUUGCCUUUCCAACUUUCUCCGAGACCUCGACUGUACGUGCCAACGGGGCAAAUCCCUUAGGUGUAAAAAUUCAGUCCCCUCUUGAGACUUCAAUGUUUUGUAGGUGGCUCCUAGAAAAAUCUUCUUCUCCUUAUGCCCAAAUGUUUGCUGCUGCAAGGUUAAGGGGUCUCGUCUUGGAUCAUUAUACUAUGUUUUCCAUGCCACAAAAAAUAGAACUGACACAGCAUCCAGAUUAUCAGCCUUUUGUUUUAUCUUCUCUAGCUCAACUUUUUGCUACUAUAACAAAAGUUGGAUGGUUUGAAGGCGAAGAAUUUAAAAAUAUUACUAACGAUUUGUCCAAUUUUAUUCAGUCCACACCAGACCAUAUUAUUGUAGGUUUGCAAAUUCUUUCUAUAACCGUCGUGGAAAUGAAUCAACAAUCAUCAAGAAAUUUAACUAAACAAAGAAAAACUGCGAUUGGAUUCAGGGAUACCGCGUUAUUAGAGAUUUUUCAGUUAGGAUUGGUUGUUUUGCGAAGAUUGUUGAACGGUGGAAUCUUAUUCGCGAAUGAUCUUCAGGAACACAAAUCGAAAGAAUAUUGUUUAACAUUGCUUCGCAAUUGUUUGGCUUUUGACUUUAUCGGCACUUCUCCUGAUGAAUCCGGUGAAGAUGUUGGAAGCAUCCAGGUUACAUCAUCGUGGCGUUCAACAGUUGAAGAUUCAUCAUUUCUUCAAAUCAUGUUUGAAGCAUAUAAGCAAUUCCAGCCACCUCAUUCAAGCCAAGUCAUGGAGGUUAUUGUUCAAAUUUCUUCCAUUCGCAGAUCUCUAUUCAAUGAAGAAGAAAGAUCCAAGUUCUUAUAUAGUUUGAUGAAAGGAAUCAGUGAAAUCCUGAUUGGAAACAUAGGGCUUUCUGAUUUGAACAAUUAUCAUGAGUUUUGCCGCCUUCUUUCUAGGUUUAGAUCAACAUAUCAAUUGAGCGAAAUUGCUGAAAAAUCUGGAUACAAUGAAUGGAUUGAUUUGGUUGCUGACUUUUCUAUUAAAGGCUUCAAUAAUUGGCAG